GACUGCUGCUGCGGCGCUUGUUGUAUUGCCGUCUUCAACGAUAAUAUCGAAGGACGGAGAAGGAGAGCCGGCCGGGAAUGCAGCGAAGAGACGAAGAACGGAGAAUUGGGGAGCUGCUAUUAGUACUACUGGGGCGACCUCCAUCCGAGAACCAGGCGGAGCACUGGCAGCAGCGUCCGAGCAGAAUGAUAAAAGACCCGCAACUACUGCGACCUCAGCUGCCACGCCCCCCUCCUCAUCUCUCGGCCACUUCCUGUGGGCUUUCAUUCCCUUCCACUACAUUUGGGAGUUCACCCUCGCACACGCGGUGAAUAUGGAAGCACAAGUCAACCGCUUGUUCAAAACUUUACCUAUCGUUGAGGAAGAUCAUAACAAGUACCCGUUUCCGUUAGAUUACUGGGAAGAACUCGUGGAAAGCAGCCUUGUGCACGUGAGGGGUGUGAAUAACAUGCUGGUCGCUGCCGUCCCGGCCGCGCCGGCGCAGAGUACUUCUAAAGUGGUCGCGCCAACUUCUUUUACUACAGCAGUGGCUGCUCCUGCUUCGGGUGACUCGUCAAAGAACGUUAUCACCGGCACCGGACCCGCCUCUUCUUCGUCUACUGUUCCUGUAAUCGUGCAACAACCGCCUCAACACGCUCACCAUGUAAUCAAUCCGUAUCAAAUCGAGGAGCGCUACAACCUGGCGACCCGUGCGCUGUACCAUCUAGGGAACAAAACUGAGAAGCUUCUUCACGACAAAUCAUUUUGCGACGCGGACAGCAAAAAAUACUUUCACCAUUUUCGCCACGCUCUAGCGGUCGAGCGGGCCCAGGAAAUCGCACAGAAGGUGGGGGGGGCAGGAGCACUGAUUUCCAUUUCCAGUGGUGGUGGCAGCAGUUCCUCUGCAGGUCCACAACAGCACCAGCCGUUCGACAGAGGUUCUGGCGGUCCGCCUGGUCGAGAUCAGCAGAAUUUACCGCUUUCCCUCGAAGUGGGCGCGACGGUUUACCAGUCCGGGUUGUUGAAGCAGGUGCUGAAUCCGACCACAAAUACCCUCUCCGUCGAGCCAGCCGAGGUGGAGCGAAAAAAUCACAGCAAGUCCCUGACACAGCAGAGCCACGCGAAUUGGGUGAAGAACACGAAAAAGACGCCGUUGGGGGCGCUGCAAGUCAUGAAGUUUGCAAACGCAAUUUCGUAUUCAAGUAAUCUCCAGUUCCGGGAAAUCCGGGAAAACGAUUUAUUAGUCUUAUCGCAGAGUACCACCAACGGCUUUUACAUCGCCCGGGUGGUGGGGAAAAAGGACUUUUUGAAAAGAGAAUUUCUCAUCCAGGUGGAGAGCUUCUGCGGCACUGGUAGUAGUACAAGUGUAAGAAGAACUUCAUCAAACGCAGCAGUACCAUCAACCGUAGCUCCCCCUGAUCAUGCGAACAAUCCGCACGACAAGAAAAGCUCUCUGCUAUUGCUAAAGGGAACGACGUGGACCGCCGUGAAGCUGGAUUCGGUUGUUUACGACCGACAGGUCACAGCGUUGCACGAGUUUUGCGCGACGAGGACGACUACAACGAGUGGUGUGCUGACGAAAAUAAAUUCAGCAGCGCCAAUUUCUGCUCAACAAAAUAAAGAACACCACCCGCUCCUGCGCCAAAUCCUUCUUGGCAGGACGAAGGAACGAACGCAGCAGAACAGCAUCAAUUUCUACAGCUCGAAAGCGAAACCAAAAGAGGGGCUCAACGCUUCCCAAUCGGCCGCGAUUGAUUCCGCCCUGCAAGAACCGCUGACGAUCAUCCAGGGGCCGCCUGGAACGGGGAAAACUUUAAUAUCAAAUGUAAAAAUGUCUGGGUCUGGAAGAGUGCAUGUUUGUCAUGCUUGUCUGGCAUGACUCUUCAAUCUGGUAUGCGCGUUACCCAAGAUCCCCACUUUUCUGUCAUGCAGAAACGCAGGCUGUCAUGCAGAAUAGGCAACACCUAGAAGCUCAGAAACUUGUCAUGCUGAGCCAGCACUUGUGGCCUCCUCAUGAUACGCCACCCAGCAUCACAAGUUUCCAGACCAAGACGCUUUUGCAUUUGAUGCUUAACUUGCUGUCGCAUUUUGAAGUCGUGGCUUUCUGGCAUCGUGUAUUGAGAGGAAAAAUCCCCCCUCCCCAUAUUGAAAAGGUAUGUUCGCAAGAAUUUGUGUUGCGGAUUUGAGGUCACAAAUCACAUCUGUCUUGCAAGAAGACAAGGGCAGAAGCUUCCGCCCCAUUAUGGAAGCGAUUUGUCAUUCUGCUGGGCUUAAAGGGGGGCCGCUUGCCAUGCUGAACUACUAGAUCCAUACGCCCCUCCCUAGCCUGGGGAUCUGGCCGCAGUGCCUCUCUGCAAUACAAAGGUGGUUUGUGGUCACAAAUCAGCAUCACAAAUUUCCGUUUUGAUAUGGGGAGAGGGGAUUUUUCAUUGUGAUAUCGUGGCGAAGAAUAAGAUGGAUAGGAACAACGCCAAUAGCAGCUCGGCGAUGUUGAUGGGUCAACAAUCCGGGAGAAGAAAUAACAGCACUGGUUCCUCCGGUGGAAACAACAAAAAAUCGACCACGACCAAGAUACUCGCCGUGGCAGAUACAAAUAUCGCAGCGGAUAACCUGUAUUAUGGGUUGAAAAAGCUGCUUUUGGAACAGCAAACCACGAGCGGGUCUUCGUCUACUUCGGGUGGGGGGCAACUACAUGCUGGCGGCACGCUGAAACAAGGACAAACCCUAUGUCAUUGGAAAAAACUGCCCUAAUCAUGUCUUCACCGCUGUGGGGACGAUGACGUAGCAAGCUCUGAUGUAUCAGUAUGUUGACAGACUAGGAGAGAGUUAUCCAUGAUUCGAAUGAUCACGAAAAGACAUUGCUGUAAGACCACGCUGGUACAGUUCGUUCUUGUUGCACUCAUUUUAGUACCAAGUAUGCGAAAAACUACACGUGCUCGCGCACCACAGUAGGAGAGGACUACUACAUGGAGCAUAAUUUUUCUCGUUUUAUAACUUCCCCAAAUCGCGAGGAUAGGCGUGAACGCCGACGGGGAUCUGUUGGAAGAACAGCUGAAGUCCCACGCUCUGUACUCAAGGCUGAACAGCUACAGAAAUAACGAAGAGAAUACAACUUCUAGUGGACAUAACGCAUCAAACAGUGGCACGAAUAAAUCUGCCGUCGAAAUUGCGAAGUUGCGGCAGCAAAUGACUUUGGACAUCGCGGAGCAAGCCAUUGUGCUGAUAAGCACGAGCGUCGGCAUCGCAAACCCCAUGUUUGGCUGCGGAAACAACAAUAGUAUGGGGACGUCGAACAUGUUGCGCCACAGUGCAGCUGCAGAAGGCGCUGCAACAGGAGGAGGAGUUACAGCUACUUCCAGUUUUGUUUUCGAAAAGAUUUUGAUCGACGAGUGCACGCAGGCGACGGAGGUUUCCUCUCUUGUCGCGCUGACGAAGGGGGGAAGCGCGUUGAAAUCUCUCGUGCUCGCCGGGGACCACAUGCAGCUGCCCCCGACGGUCGUGUCCCGGUCGGCUAUCGUAUGUAAAAACGUGGUCACCACCUCAGAGUUGUGAUGCAUGUUUGCAACGACAGGGUUACAUUUGUAAUGCGGUUCUACAUGAGAGGCAUGUCCUGUAUCGUGUUUUGGCAUUUGUGGUGCUGUAAACAGGAUAAGGAGAUGGGUUUGUGGUGCGACUGUCCUUGCUAACCUGUACUACAUUACAAGGGCGAACUUGUCAUGCAUCAGUCCCAAAACUUUUGGAUUUGUGUUGCAGACUUCCCAACUUGACUCCGGGGUGGAGACGUUUUUACAAGUGAUAUCGGCGAAGGCUUGUUUAUCGCUGUCUUUAUUCGAGCGGCUAGUUUCGAAACUGCAGUAUGGCCGGUUUUUUCUGGAUACGCAGUACCGCAUGAGAAGUAGAAAAUUGUUGGACUUUGUCAACAAGGAGUUUUACGGGAGUAAGUUAGGGGAUGGAUUCGGUGGACUGGCUGACGAAGGAGCUGAAGCGAGCCAAGCAUGUUUGGAAACAGGACAACCGGUUGGUCGUGCGGAAAGAGAAACGGCUCCGUCUCCCCUCGAAGUUCCGGCUAUAAUUGCUGCGCGCGAGAAAGCUGCCACACGUCCUCUUCCCGAUCUCGCACUGGUGGUAAAAGAUGGUAUCCGGGUAGACCAGGGCCCCUGCUCAGACCAGGGCCCCUGGGACCAGGGCCCCCAGGACCAGGGCCCCUAGGACCAGGGCCCCUAGGACCAGGGCCCCUACGGAUUGGGGCCCCUGCGGACUGAACGGCAUCCCGGAAUCUGGUACACGGCGCGGCGCGGCCGGAAGCGGAGAUGUCUACCAGCGGAUCUUCCAGUCGAAAUAAUCUGGGCCACCAAGUAAGUAUGCAUGUCAUGGGACUCCUAGUAUCUGGCCAGGAGGUAGAAGAAGGUAGGCCACAAGUAAUAUGGGACGCAGUCGGCUGACUACUCAGAGCAUUUCUCUCACUUUCUAGAUUCCUCGACGCGCGUCGGCGUCACAAGUUCUCAGUUGUGCAGACCCAGAUCUAUUUACAAUGCAACGGGCAUCGUUUUUUUUUGUAGUCAGCCACGUACUUGAGCUUCUCCGUCUGUCUUUUUUGGGUGGUGUCGUUGAGGAAUCUUGUGCAUUUUUUCCCUUGAUGAUGCUUGUCUGAACGAUUAUUCUGUAAAUCUCCGCCCUUUGGGUGAUGCGUUUCUGGCUGGCAAUCCAGCUGGAAACAAUUGGAAAAUGCAUCUGCAGCGCAUUUCCGCCUGGAAAUGCAGCUGCAGAUGCCUUUUCAAAGCUUUUCUAGCUGGGACUCCAGUUGGAAACAUGCAGAAAAGGCAUCUGCAGCGCAUUUCCUCCUGGAAAUGCAGCUGCAGAUGCCUUUUCUCUGCAUUUCUCGCUGGAAUUCCAGCUGGGACUCCAGCUGGAAGCAUUUGGAAGAGGCAUCUGCAGCGCAUUUCCACCUGGAAACGCAACUGCAGAUGCCUUUUCAACGCAUUUCUAGCUGGAAAUCCAGCAAGAAAUCAAUGCACUCGGUAACCAAAUCAAAGCAAGCUUGCUCGUGACAUCAAACCAGGGAGAUCUUGAUCUCUUCCCCCGUCCGCACCUGCGCAUCCAGGGCAAAAACAUGUGGGGAUGUUUUUGCCCAGGUUCUGCCGCUACACAUCAUGUAUCUAAUUAUUAGGUUCUGGCUUUUAUAGGAAUAUCAAUAUGCGAAGCCUUUCCAUGUCAUACCACGCAGAUCAACACUUAUGCUUUGCCUGUGCCUGUACACGUGCCCUGCGCGCCAAGUAACGACAAGCAGCAUGAAGAGUGAGCCCAACAACUUUCCGCCGAGUCAUGAAGCCAAAAAUAAAGAAGCACAGUGAGACGCCACGACCGACGGGCGCCGUUUGUAUUCGAAAUGUGUGUUUCCCUGCAAAAGCAUUGCUCGAGCGGACCGGGAUGCAGCUCAAACUGCUAACGAGAGAGAUCACAAAUUGCCACCAUGACCGUCAAGCUUUCCUUCGUUUGUACGUAGAGCGACGCCCCAACUUCUCCAGAUCCAGACACCAGAUUCCGGGAUGCCAGAUUCCGAGACACCGUAGGGACCCCAGUCCGUAGGGGCCCCACUCCGUAGGGGCCCCAGUCCGUAGGGGCCCCAAUCUGUAGGGGCCCUGGUCCCAGGGGCCCCUAUUCCAGGGGCCCUGGUCCUAGGGGCCCUGGUCCCAGGGGCCCUGGUCUACACCUUUACCGAUAUCGCCCUGGUCUACACCUUUACCGCGGCAGGUCCUCUUCCCGAUCUCGCACUGGUGGUAAAAGAUAGAAAGCAGCACAAUAAAACUCCUUCUGGGACGAACGACACAAAAUAUCUUCUCCCGGAAGAGUUGCGCUUGGCCCGGGUUCUGCUUAUCAAUAUCCCCCCACAAUAUCAAUACCCCAACCAAUCAGACGAGCAGCGAUGCGGCACCUCGAAGCAGAACCACAGGGAAGCUGACGCGGUUUUGACGACGCUGUUUUCGCUUUUUGUGAAAAUCAUGCUCGCCGACGACCAGGACGGCGUGAAGGAGAAUGUCGACAAGGGCAGGAAGACCUUCGCGGUCCUCACGGCGUAUUCUGCACAGAAACAGCUGUUGCAGAGACUCUUUCACCAGAGAGCCCGGAAGCGGUUCCCGGGCUACUAUCAAGACAGUAGACACGGCGAAUUACAAGGAAUAAGCAUCGAUCCGGCGCAGCUUUCUACCCUUUUGCACAAGCAAACGAUGAUUGAAACGGUCGACGGGUGCCAGGGCCGGGAGGCGGACUUUGUGCUGUUUUCUUCGGUGCGGCGGGGGAAAAAACUUGGGUUUUUGACGGACAAAAGACGGCUGAACGUGAUGCUUUCGCGGGCCAAAUAUCAAACAAAAAAGUGUUAAUGUUAACGGUUAUUUUCAUAGAUUGCAAAUAUGCAUGACAAAUUUUACCUAGCAUGCAUGCUAAGCAUGACAAAUCUGGGGUACACGUUUUUUGAUGCAUUACUGCAUGCCAAAUUGAAAUUCCGUAUAACGUUAACAAUUUUUAUUUUUGGUGUGAUACCAAAUCAGGAUUGAUUGUGUUUGGGGACAAGGAGACUUUACAGGCGUAUCAGCAUAAUUCUGCUCCGGAGAGCAGUACUCCAACCACCAAGAACUGCACAAGCAGCGCGGGGGCCAUAAUUGCGUCGCAGUCAUUAACCUCGAAUCCCCCACUAAAGGAGGAAGACGAGGGGGCUCUGCUGUGGAAAAAAUGGGUCGAGGAUAGGGUGGAGAGCAACGCCGUUUUAGAUUUGAAACACUGGGAAGACAAAUGUCUGGAAAUUCGUAAAACUGCCGCACCCGCGCAGCAGUACAACGUGACUAAUUUGCGGAACUGGGCGACUGCAGCAGGACCCGGUGGUCAAAAUCAAAAUCAAAAUCCUACUACCGUGGCGGCGCAAGCGCCAGCAGGAGCCCCUUUUGGGGGUAGAAGAGACCCCCGGUCGUCCGCCUCCGGCUCUGCGUCUUCCGGUGUAGAUGAGGAUGAGAAUUACUUUAGCAUGCAGAACAGCAUGAUGAGAAAUCGAAACAAAUUCGUCAUUACCGCCGACCUCCAGAACGCACUACGGGCAAAUUCUCUGAACACUAAUCCCAGUCAAAGCAAGACGCCGGCGGUAGUUGGGGUGCAAAUGGAAACAGGCGGUGAUUUGGCGCAGGGAGAUUUAGUACGGGAUGCGACACCUGCGGAAAGUAGUGCUGGCGCCCUGACUUCUUCUGCCACUGUGCAUAGCGCGAAUAAUAGUACAAAUACGAAAAUUAUGGAGAGUAAUAUGAACGAAAAAAACGAAUAAACUGUGUUGAAGAAAAUCAGCAGACCCUGGAACAAAAGCGAUCAAAGUAUGUAGGCAAACAAUUCUGGGUGUAAUUUUACACCUCUUGUCCUGACGCGCAAUGUGACCGAGUAUACUAGCUCUAGCUCUGAU